GUGCAUGUGUGUGUGAACAGAAGGGCCUGCAUGCUCCUCUCACAGCUACUCUCCACCCAUGAAGGGCAGACUCACACAUGCACUGACACACAGUUUGUGUAAUGUGGUUUCGCAGCAAAGACAGAGGAGCCUCCUGCUGUAGAGCAAAUACUGGGGAACUCAGCUCUGUGAUUUCAGCAGGAUGGACAGCAGAGGAGUCUGGAGAAGAUGACACAGACUGACAGCCUCUUCCUCUCUCCACACUGGCUGGAUUUCCACAUAUCCAACAUCAUUCCAGAGUCCAUCUGAUGUGAUUUAGUUUCCAGUCCUUUCCUCAGUAAGGCCACCUGCACAGUUCUAUUGCUGUUUGGUGCACAAAGGCAUCAUGGGAAACAUAGUCCAGUGCUGCUACACACUGUCAAACUUCUUCAAGUGUAAGGAUACACCGAUCCAGGGUGAGGCGGAAAGAUCCCCUCUGCUCUCCAGUGAGGAGAGCGAAUGUGAAUCGCUGAGCCUGCCGGACGACUUGGAGGAUGAUCUGUUAACCGUCUCCACCGGGGUGACAAACCCAGCCCUCGAACCAGAGCACUUCCUGUUUCCUGACAUCAUCCUAAGCAGCAACUUGGGAGGGGACGUGACUCUGGUGGAGCCGAUGGUGUGUCUGCUGGUGUCUGAGGAGGAGGAGGUGGUGAGGGUGGAUGAGCCGGGAGAUGAUGGACAAGAGAGGAGCAGCAGGUGGAGAAACAGGGGGUUUUCUGAAGUUGAGACACAGACCGAAGUAGUGGAGACACAGAUCGGAAAGGGGGUGCAGACUCAGACAGAGUCACAGGCAGAGGUUCAGGCUCAAAAUCAAAUGUGUAGUAAUGAGAUGGUGGAGAGAGAAGUAAACGCUCUAACAAACACUGACACUGCAAACGAGAUGCUUGUGGAAGAACAUGAAAUACUGAGACAGUUGGAUGUGUUCUUGGAGGCACAAACAUCACAAGAGAGGCACUCAGAUGCUUCAGAGAAACAACAGAGAUGGAUAGACUCUGGAAGCUGGGCUGACAUGGACGUUUUUGUUGAGGUGCGAGGGAAGGAGGAGAGACAGGCAGAGAAAAACAAAUGGGCCUUCGGAGACAUAGGCAAGGAAGCUGAACAGGAAGAACUGAAACAGCAUCACAUCCAUGAGGAACUGACCCCCACUUCAACAAAGCAUACAUUUCAAACAGGAAAAAAAGAAAAGUCAAACACAGAUGAAGAGAAUGUAUUUAGGUUACAACAAGAUAUUGUUGCUGCUCAGGUAAAUACAGACUUUUCCUGGACAGAGCCGACACAAGAGAGUGUUAAAGACAAAGAACAAAUCAUUGAAUCAGAGUGCACCUCAGUGAUGCCGGCUGAACACAACUAUAUGGAUGAGUCACAGAAGGACGUUCAGCAGACAAAAUACAGCAACAACAACACUGAAGUUGUGGAGAACUUUAACCCUGCUGAGUGUCGUGCAGACCUGGCUCAACAGAGUAAUCAGGAUAAUGAACAGAUGGGACAGAGUGUACAUGAAAAGGAAACAAAAACAACAAAUCUCUCUGAGGACCGUGCAGAUCAGACUGCAGAGAAAUCCAUUUUAAAUGCAGAUCAUAUUCAAUGUCAGGACCCAGCAAAGAGGGAGGAGGACGACAACAAGCCAGCUCCACCACAGGUGGAGGAGGAAGAGAAGCUAGCAACCUUGUUUUUAGUUGAUGGGCUGUUUCUGGCAGCACCACUUGACAAAGCGCCUCCAAGUCAAACUGAAGAAAGCCCUGGGGAUGAUCAGCCAUCUGAUGCUGAUAAAAGGAAACAACUCAGCAUCCAUGACAUCGUUGAUCUCCAAGAGACAAACCUAACUGUCAGAAUUCAGCCUCCUGGAACAGAAAGUUUUGAGCUUCAGGUUUCAGGCCAGAUGGUGGUGGCGGAGCUACACCAGGUGCUGAUGGAGCACGAGAUAACCUGCCACCGCACAUGCUUCUCCCUCCAGGUGGGGGGCACCACGCUUGACAACCUCACAGAUUUACACUCCAUCCAGGGCAUCCAGGAUGGAGCACUGAUCAAGGUGGUGGAGGAUGCUUACACAGUGCGUGAUGCUCGUCUUCAUCUCAGACAUGUUCGUGAUCUACUGAGGAGUCUUGACCCUGCAGAUGCAUUCAAUGGAGUCAACUGCAGCUCGCUCUCUUACCUCACCUUUUUUACCAGAGGAGACAAAGACUGUGACAGCGUGGGGAACAGGCGAGCUUCUGAAAAGGAGUCUGUUGACUGCAGCCCUCCAGAAUACAUCCUCCCUGGAUGUAAGGAACGACCAUUUACUCCCCUACAGCCACUCAGAGAUGACUGGAAGCCAUUACAGUGCCUGCGGGUUCUAACAAUGAGCAGCUGGAACCCUCCUCCAGGAAACAGGAAGAUGCACGGGGACUUAAUGUACCUCAAUGUCCUGACUGUGGAGGACAGAGAGCUCAACAUUACAUCCUCUACACGUGGUUUCUACCUCAACCAGUCAACUGCCUUCAACUUCAAUCCUAAACCUGCAGCUCCCAAAAUCCUCUGCCACUCUCUCGUUGAGCUGCUGAGUCAAGUCAGCCCUGCUUUCAGGAAAAACUUCAGUGCCCUGCAGAAGAAGAGAGUUCAGCAGCACCCUUAUGAGCGAAUCGCUGCACCUUUCCAGGUGUUCACCUGGAUCGCUCGUCAGGGAGAUCACACCCUUGACUGUGUCAGAGCAGAGGAGACACACACCAGUCGCAUGGGCCAGGACGAGCACACAGCUGGGCAGAGUCGGGAUUGGAAUGAGGAGCUGCAGGGAUGCAGGGAACUCCCCAGGACCUCCCUUCAGGAGCGGCUGCACAGAGAGAGGAGCAUAUUCAAGACCAACAGUGACUUUGUUGCCGCUGCAACACGAGGUGCUGUAGCUGUUGUCGACGGUAACGUCAUGCCAUUAAACCCAGGGGAGGCACCUCACAUGCAGAUGUUCAUCUGGAACAACCUGUUCUUCAGCCUGGGGUUCGACAUAUCUGAGCACUACCUCCCACUAGGGGGCAACACUGCUGCUCACGCUGCUGCCAUCUGUGACCUGAGGGGAGCGCAGGCAUACGCAUCUGUGGACAUAGAGGGGCUUCACACACUUGGAACAGCUGUCGUAGAUUAUCGUGGCAUCCGUGUUAUCGCUCAGACAAUCGUCCCAGGGAUACUGGAGAAAAAUCAGGACCAGAGUGUCGUCUACGGCUCUAAUGACUAUGGAAAAACUGUGUUUACACACCCCAGGUUUCUUGAGCUUCUGGAUAAAACCAGUAAACCACUAAGAAUCCAGCGCCACUGGGUGCUUGACCACAGUGACAGCCCAGUGGAGCUUUGCUCUGGCAUUGAGACCAAAGGCAUCCUGGGUAAUGACGGAAGAGCCUACAUCUUAGACCUUCUCCGGACCUUCCCCCCUGACCUUAACUUCCAGCACUCAGAGACAGAGGAGAGGAUGGAGGUGCCGAAAGAGUGUCAGAGCUUUGGUUACCCACGGCGACAUCCUCAUGGGUUGGCCAGUCUGAGACCAGAGCUGAUAGAGGCCUUUGUCCAGCACAGGAAUGAACUCAGUAUCAAGAUGGUGUCCCAGGGGCUCAUCCAACCAGAAGAACAAGAUAAAGCCACAGAGCAAAGUGAAGAGACGAUAACUGGAGAUAUAGCCACAGCCGGUGCUGACAUGGAACUUCAAAGAAGAAGUGUGACUAUGAAAGCUUGUGAGGCUGUUGGAUCAAUGAGUGACUCCUGCUUUGACAUCCGCUUUAAUCCUGAUGUUUGCUCUCCAGGUGUUCGUUUCCUCUCUGAGUGUGUCGAGGAGGUUCAGAGGCAGAGACAGUUGUUGUGGGAUGCGGCUGCUUUUCUACUGUCCAAUCAGAUUCCAGCAGUGCUGAGGGACUGUCUUGACCAAAUAGUCGUGCCGAUGGAUGGAGCAACCCUGACCUCAGUGCUACACCAGCGGGGUGUGAACGUACGAUAUCUGGGCACCUUACUGAGGGAGCUGGACAGAGUCGAGGAGAGAGAUAGACUCAGCCACAUACAGAGAAUUUCCAUCAGUGAAGUCAUCAUUAGGAGUGCAAAACACAUCUUCAGGACCUACCUACAGGAUGUGGAACCUGCAGCUUUCUCUGCCGCCGUCAGUCACUUCCUAAACUGCCUCUUGAGCUCCUCCUCCUGUUUCCCCGACUCCUGCUCAGAUGAGCUGCUCUCUCGCCGCAGGAGCCGACGGCGGCGGAGCCACGGGAGUCGAGUCGCCUCAUUGACAGACAGUGUGUGGGCUAGACUGACCCCCAGUGAGCUGUGGGGCCGGAUCAGGACUGAGGCUGAAGAUUAUUACCACUACACAAUAGAUAGUGAAAGUAUAGAUGAAGUGAUAGAAAAGUACAGCCUUCAGAGGAUCUCCCUACUGAGAGAGAUUGCCAUCAAGACGGGCAUCCAGGUGCAGCUGAGGGAGUAUAUGUUUGAGUCCAGACACAGGCCGGUGUUUGGUGAGGAAGAUGUUGUCAACAUGUUCCCUGUGGUCAAACAUCUCAAACCUACAGCAACUGAUGCCACACAGCUUGUGCGACUCGCAGAGGUGGCAGUGCAGCAGGGUCUUCUCAAAGAGGGUUACGAACUCAUUAGCCAGGCCCUGACUCUGUUCAGCAGCGUGUGCGGGGUUCUGCAUGAGGACGUGUGCAUGUGCCUGCGUCUGCUGGGACGCAUCUGCUACAUCCUGGGAGAAUAUGCAGAUGCCCUCAGCCACCAGGAAAAGGCUGUUAUGAGUAGUGAGAGAAUACAAGGUAUAGACCAUCCACAGACCAUACAAGACUAUACUUACCUGGCCUUGUACUGCUUUGCUGGAGGACGGCAUUCGACCUCCCUUCAGCUGCUGUAUCGUGCUCGGUACCUCACCCUGCUGGUGAGUGGAGAGGACCAUCCACAAGUCGCGCUGCUGGAUAGUAUGCUUGGUCUAGUACUUCAUGGACUGAUGGAGUAUGAGCUUUCCCUGAAGUUCCUACAGAAUGCCUUAAUUUCAACCUCAAAAUACCACGGUGCCACAUCACUGAAGCAUGCACACAGUCAUCAUCUGCUCGCCACUGUGUACGAGAGUAAAGGAGAGUUUCGAUCAGCUCUGCAACACGAGAAAGAGGCUUAUUCAAUAUAUACGAGCCAGGUUGGGGAGAACCAUGGCAGUGUGAAGGAGAGCUCAGAGUACCUGCAGAGCCUCACUCAGCAGGCUGUGAUCCUUCAGAAAGCCAUCAACCACAUCUACAGUAACACACCUAGUGCCUGUAUUCCACCUCCAAAGUUUACCACACCAAGCCUUCCCACCAUCCUUCAGCAGCUCAACCUGACGUGUGGAAUCAUUCUCAUUCCCCUCAGUGCAAAAGAAAUUGCAAACUUGAGGACUGAACUGAAAGGAAAGGAAAUGGUUCAAGAGGAAGAACUGGAAAAAAGCUGCGGACAACAACCCUGAACUACGGACCAAAGAAAGAGUGACAAUAAAACAUCUGUGAAUUCAGUCAGACCCCUGAAAAUGACUGCAGACAAUGAUGGCAAAUGAAAGCCUUGCAAAUUACUGGUGUUAACAUGUGGGUUAGCCUGCUUUGGACAACUAUAUCCAAGUAACAGGCAGGUGCAGCCAUCUCCUUUUGGAAGAGGAGUUUGUUCGGCUGUUGUCUGUGGAGGACUGGACACUGAAGAGAGCCUUAUCUAAUGAUAAAGCUUUUGUCUAAAUAUAUGGGAUCCAUUAACUAACUCUGUGAGCUAUAAUUUAGGCAUAUAAGCCCAUGGAUAACUCCCCUCCUUUCUGUCAGAUAAAUGUAGAAACCCUACACACUAAAUACAGUUGUACUGCUGGAUGAAUGGACAAGCUCGGUGUGUUUAGGCCUCCUAUUGUGAAAGUGAAAAUGCAGCAACAUUGUAAAAAAAUGUUUUAUUUUAAAUGUUGUGCUGUCAUCUUGCAGUCCCUUGUGUGUCCACUGGGUUUCACACUUGUGCCAUGAAGACUUCUCAAAUCAUGAUAUUCCUGAAUAUUGAAAUAAUAAUAGUAGUAGAUGUGAUUAGCUGCCAUUUAACUCAUGUUGUUGUAAGUAAUAUUUAGGUAACUAAUAAACAUCUGAACAUCUUAUGUCUUCAUUCCACAACAAGAAGUCACAUGAGUGGUUUCUAAAUGGCUCCCUAAGAUGGAAGUAACAGCAUUACACUUUAAACUGAUAUUAUUAUCAAAUGAAAUUUUGUUGGUUGGUCUGCAGGGAUCAAGUUCCUAAAUGACUGUGAGAUUAGUGAAAUUGUUUUGAGAUAUUACCACAAAUAAUUGUGAUUUUAAUAUAUGUUUUACAACUGUCAAUCAAAAAAAUGUAAGUUUAUUACAGGUUUUGUUCCCGUAGUUUCCUGGAGUUGUUUCAUUACUCAGCAUCUAUGGAGCAGCUGCAUGAUUUGUCUCUAAGCGACAUCUUAACUACAGCCUGUCUUUCUGCUGCUCACCUCAAUGACACACUUGUUUACGAUUAAAAUUGUUCAAAUUAAAACUUGUCUGUGCAAUA